AUGCAAGCUGAAUGUAUGUAUUUAACAAGUCCACUAGAAUGGAAUCAAUUCAAUCCAAAUACAUUCGAUAGUCAAUAUUAUAAUUCAACGAAAGAGAUCCCACUAACAGAUUUACAUAUGAAACGUGUAUUUCUAUCUUCUCUUCCACCGAUUCAAAAUUCAUCUCGAGAACAUAUUAUCAAUUAUUGGCUUGUGAACGGUGGUGGCGGUUCCCAAUAUGGCAUGGAACAAUUUGGUAUAACUAUGCUAAAAGAAAUUGUUCGAAAUAAUUAUCAUAAUAUUUAUACGAAUACACAUCCAAUAAUGUAUUUAUUUCAAUAUCGAGGAGCAGGAUUGAGUCUACCAUCGAUUCAUUGUUAUACAGCAACUAGUUGGACUGAUUGUGCUCACGAAUUAAUUGCAACGACAGUACCAUCUUCACCUGACCAAUCAUUGAAAAUAAUACAUGCAAUGAGCAAUGCAAAUAUUGCACAAGAUUUACAAUAUCAAAUUCAAUAUGCAAUAAAUCAAUCACAAUCAACAAAUUCCACAUCGACUUAUAUUUAUGGAUUGAGUCAAGGUACUGGCAUUAUUGAAACAUACUUAACGAUUCAAUCAAUAAAGUCACAAAUUCAAAUCAUCGAUGGAAUUAUUCUGGAUGGAGUUAUGUCCACAAAAGAUUCCGAUAUAUUUCAGACUCAAGUAAACAAUUUAAAUCAUCGAUUUUAUUUGUACUUAUCAAAAUGUCAACAAGAUCCAUUGUGUUCAAAAGCAUUUAGUCUUGUUACUGGAACAAAUCAAGAUAUAAUUAGUGUUGCAUUAACAUUACAAACGCUUUUCGAAACAAAGUUAAUAAAUCCUCUUUGUACAAUCAAUCUAGGAUUGGAUAGUUGGGAUUUAUUUACUCUUAUUGGACAUCAAGGUAUAGAAAUGAUGAAUGUUCGUCCACUAACAGCUAUAUUAAUUGCUCGUCUUUAUCGUUGUUCAGUUGACGAUCAACGAGUCCUCGCUCGAGCAUUACCUUUUAUGAUUAGUAUCGCUCAACAAUCCAUGGCUAAAAGUCUCAUUGAUCCACCACAACAAUAUCCAAAUGAUGGAAAUAUUUUAAGUUUAACACUUUGGAGUGAUUUCAUAGGCUUCGACAUCAACGAAAAUAUCAAAACAAAUGCCAGCUUUUAUAAUGAUUUUUGUAUAGGUAGUGGUGUAAUCAAUAAAUAUAAUUUAGUAAGGGUAGGUCCUAUACCAGUUUGUGAUGAAACACAAAUAUCGACAUAUAAUUAUACAUUACCAACCGCUCUGAAAGAUGUUCUAUACGAAAGAAAUCCAAAUUAUUGGGGAAAAUUUGAAGUUAAUCAAAAAUCAUUUCGAUCUCAACGAACUGGCAUUUUAUUAUUUAACGGAGAUUUAGAUUAUAAUUCUCCAUUGUCCACAGCACAGCAAGUUGAAAAAUUAUUUCAAAUGAAAUCAAUUCGAACAAAAUUAGUUCAAAUGAAAGGUUUAGCGCAUGUUACUGCCGUUCAAUCCUAUACGAAACAAGGUGGUUUUCAUUCGGCAACAUGUACAGAACAAAUCAUUCUUCAAUAUUUAUAUCAACAAGAAUUAAAUGUCGACUUAGAUACGUUGAACUAUACAUGUAGUUUAAAAGAAAAUUUGAUUGGAAUCGAUUGGUUUUAUACAGAUCCAGUUAUUAAUCAAACAUUGUACUCUGUAUUUAUGAAUACAACAACAAAUUAUUGGGGAAUCAAUAUGACCGAUAUUGAACCAAUCAUCAAUGCAUCCAAUAAAUUUCACACAAAUUCAUUCUUAUUUUUCUUAUUAAUUUUAUAUAUUUUAUCUUAA